AUGGAGUACAUGGAACCGUCGUCACAGCCUACAAAAACUACCAUGAUCUUGUGUUGCGAAUGUGGUGUGCCAAUCGAACCAAAUCCUUCCAAUAUGUGUGUAACCUGUCUACGUAAUCACAUUGACAUCACGGAAAAUAUACCGAAACAGGCAGUAUUACAUUUCUGUCGUAACUGUGAACGCUAUUUACAGCCGCCCGGCGAGUGGGUAUCUGCAGCAUUGGAGUCGCGCGAACUGCUGGCUUUGUGUUUGAAAAAGUUGAAAGGUUUAAAAGCUGUCAAGUUAGUCGAUGCAGGUUUCGUCUGGACAGAGCCACAUUCCAAACGCAUAAAAGUCAAAUUGACAGUACAUGGUGAAAUUAAUGGAGGAACCGUGCUGCAACAAGUGUUCAUCGUGGAAUUCACUGUGCAGAAUCAAAUGUGUGAUGAUUGUCAUCGUACCGAGGCGAAAGAUUUCUGGCAUUGCUUGGUGCAGGUGCGACAACGCGCGGAAAACAAAAAGACGUUUUACUAUUUGGAGCAGCUGAUUUUGAAACAUAAGGCACACGAAAAUACGUUGGGCAUUAAGCCAUUGCAUGGUGGUUUGGAUUUCUAUUAUGCGAACUUCAAUCAUGCAAAGAAGAUGGUUGACUUUUUGCAAUAUAUGGUGCCAGUUAAGGUGACUACGUCCAAACGUUUGAUUUCGCAUGACAUACAUAGCAACAAUUUCAAUUAUAAAUACACAUGGUCUGUAGAAAUAGCGCCCUUAUCGAAGGAUAGUGCAGUUUGUCUGUCAAAGAAGUUGCGUCAACAGCUGGGUAAUCUUUCGCCAGUUUGCUUGGUGUAUAAAGUUGCUACCGGUAUACAUCUAAUUGAUCCCAUGACGGCGCAAAUAUCCGAGUUGCCGGGACAGAUGUUUUUCCGCAAUCCUUUUGAAGCGCUGUGUGAUCCGAAACAAUUGGUGGAAUAUGUUGUUAUGGAUAUUGAACCCAUCAUGGAUAAGGAUCGUAAACAUAUACCCGGCACAGGACACGUAUCGUUUCGUCACGUCUUAUGCGAUAUUUGGGUGGUGCGUUCUUCCGAGUUGGGCAUAAAUGAAAAUACGAUCCACACACGUUCACAUCUUGGUCAUUUGCUGAAGGUAGGCGAUUAUGUAAUGGGCUACAAUUUGGGUGAAGCGAAUUUGAACAACACUGAAUUCGAGAAUUUGUCUGCAGAUCAAAUCCCUGAUGUGUUGCUGGUACGUAAAUGCUACGCUGAUCGUCAAACACGUUCGAACAAUCGUAAUUGGAAGUUACGUCAUUUAGCCGAUGAGGCAACAGAUGAACGCAGCAAACAUGACUUCCAUGAAUUCCUUGAAGAUUUGGAAGAGGACGUAGAUUACCGUAAACAGAUUAACAUUUAUCGUGAUGCUAAGAAAGCACUGCCUGUUGAUAGUAAUGAUAAGCAAGCCGCAAACGAUAGCGUGCCACAUAUUACGCUGGCAGAAAUGUUGGAAGAUCUUGCUUUGGACUGUGAAGAUGAUGCCAUGGGUGAAGAUAAUGCUGAUGAAGGUGCUGGUGCCGAAGAGAUUUGAAGAAUUGGUUGUUUAAGAUUUUAAAUGAAUUUUUAUAGAGUAUGUAAUAAAGAAAAUUAUUUUGUGAAUCCUGAA